AUUUGCCCAUGCCUAUGGACCCAAUUGCUGAGGAGCACAUCUCAAUUGAGGACGUCGCUGAAGUCUCGACCUAUAGUGUUGUCAAUCCAAGCGAAAUCGCCAUUCCAGGUAUGUCGAUUCUAAGCCCUGUGAAUCCACGGCACUGACGCACGAAGGCGAGCCUGCCUACUUUACACUUCCCACAAUGCCUCUAGAAGUCAAGAAUGAUGAACAGAACAGGCCUAAAGAAUAUGUCAAACACAAUUCCGCCUUCGAACCUCUCAUCACUUCCAUCGAAGUCAUGAAGCCCACGUUCGAUAUUUCGAGUGCAAACUUGAUCUGUAGCACAGGAAGUCUUCACCGUAUCUACAGAUACCUGGAAGAUUCAGAGGACCUGGACUCGGACAGACUGGACAUGCAGUGGCAUUCCGGCACCCUGUUCAUCACCCGCUGGGCUGACGAUCCCAGCCGACAAACCAGUGCGGGGUAUGAGUCCGGGUUCGAGAGAGCAACUUGUAGUUUCUCAGGGGAGCUACAGGACCACAUCAGUCACCACCGCGUACUGAGCUACCGGCUAGGUGGACUUCAUCUGGUUGUUCGGGCCGAAAGUGAAGCCUAUUUCUGCGAGUGCCACAAGCCCUCUCCAGGUCAAACCAGCACGGCGGAUAGCGUUGCUGAAGGAAUCGGCAAGCUAGUCGUCAGUAAUGAUGGCGAAGCAACGGAACAGGGUCUUGACGGUGCUUCUUCGUCUCUCAAUGUCCUGAAGGCUGGGCGCGAUAUCCCAUCAUCAUGCCUGAUCAUGAUCAGAACCGGCAACCAGAUGUAUGAUCGAAGACCCUUUGAGGCCCAGAUGUAUUUCUCCAACCGCCACCGGCUCUAUCAAAUUUCCCACACACGCGGUAUUUUCGAUCCUGCAGGUGCCAAAAUUGAAGACGUGUCGGACCAUCUAGGUUAAUUCCCUGUCAAUCGAAACGUCGAUACUUGGACAUCCAAGUACACUCACUACGUCGGCAUAAGCAGGAGAUGACCUCCGUGUAAGUCCAGGAUGGGACUACUACAUU